GGCGCGCUGACGUCCGACGCUCCAGGUACUUUCCCCAAGCCCCCGGCGCGGGGGCGGGGCGGGGCGCGGAGCGCGCAUGCGCCGCAGCGCCAGCGCUCUCCCCGGAUCGUGCGGGGCCUGAGCCUCUCCGCCGGCGCAGGCUCCGCUCGCGCCAGCUCGCUCACGCCGCCAUGUCCGCCACCGUCGAGCGGGAGUUCGAGGAACUGGACGCUCAGUGUCGCUGGCAACCGCUCUACCUGGUUCACUGAAAUUAAAGAAAGUAUGGAGAACAAGUGUAACACUGGAGAUUUGAAAGAGUGGAUUCACUGAAAUUCGAAAUGAGUCCCAUGACUAUCCUCAUAGAGUGGCCAAGUUUCCAGAAAACAGAAAUCGAAACAGAUACAGAGAUGUAAGCCCAUAUGAUCACAGUCGUGUUAAGCUGCAGAAUGCAGAGAAUGAUUACAUCAACGCCAGCUUGGUUGACGUGGGAGAGGCUCGGAGGAGUUAUGUCCUGACACAGGGUCCACUUCCCAACACGUGUUGCCACUUCUGGCUCAUGGUUUGGCAGCAGAAGUCCAAAGCAGUUGUCAUGCUGAAUCGAAUUGUGGAGAAAGAAUCGGUUAAAUGUGCACAAUACUGGCCAACGGAUGACCGAGAGAUGCUGUUUAAAGAAACAGGAUUCAGUGUGAAGCUUUUGUCCGAAGAUGUGAAGUCUUAUUAUACAGUACACCUACUACAGUUAGAAAAUAUCAACAGUGGUGAGACCAGAACAAUCUCUCACUUUCAUUAUACUACCUGGCCAGACUUUGGAGUCCCUGAGUCACCAGCUUCGUUUCUCAAUUUCUUAUUUAAAGUGAGAGAAUCUGGCUCCCUGAACCCUGACCACGGGCCUGCAGUGAUCCACUGUAGUGCAGGCAUCGGGCGCUCUGGCACCUUCUCUCUGGUGGACACCUGUCUUGUUCUGAUGGAAAAAGGAGAUGACAUUAACAUUAAACAAGUGUUGCUGAACAUGAGAAAAUACCGAAUGGGACUUAUUCAGACACCAGAUCAACUCAGAUUCUCUUACAUGGCCAUAAUAGAAGGAGCAAAGUGGAUAAAGGGAGAUUCAAAUAUCCAGAAACGGUGGAAAGAACUUUCCAAAGAAGACUUGUCUCCUGCUUUUGACCAUUCACCAAAUAGAAUAACUGGCAAGUACAAUGGGAGCAGGAUAGGCCCAGAAGAAGAGGCUCCGACCAGUGAGCGGUGCGCAGGGCUCUCCUCCAGAGUGCCGGUGGCAGAGGACAGCGGCAGUAUUCUACGGAAACGUAUUCGAGAGGACAGAAAAGCCACCACUGCUCAGAAGGUGCAGCAGAUGAAACAGAGGCUAAAUGAGACUGAACGAAAAAGAAAAAGGUGGUUAUAUUGGCAACCUAUUCUCACUAAGAUGGGGUUUGUGUCAGUCAUUUUGGUUGGCGCUUUGGUUGGCUGGACUCUGUUUUUUCAGCAAAAUGCCCUAUAAAUAAACAGUUUUGCCCAGCAAGCUUCUGCACUAGUAGCUGACAUUGCUGCAUUAAUCACAUGGGUUUGUCUGUUAGCAGCAAAUGCCUCAUACCCCAAAAUGGUGCAGUAGAACAGACAGCAGCCUGACAAGUGGAACUUAACCCAAGCCCAGCAUCUCAGGGCUCUUCACUGCAGGUGCCUCUGAAACCCAAACUGUAAACGGCUGUCUAGAAUAAAGACCUCCGUGCCUGUUAAGAGUCAAUACACUGCACCUGUAUGCACACGCGACACACGUGAUCUCUUACCUGACCAACACUGAGAAAUCCUUUAUCACAAGGAUUUGAUUUUGAAGGCUAUCUGGAUUUUAACCUGCACUUGAUACAAGCAAUAAUUAUUGUGGUUUUAUUACAUUAUUAAUGGAAAGAAAAUGACCUUUAAUGUGUGUAAUGUAUAAUGUAUUAUGGACAUGGGCAUCAACACUUUAUAUUCUUAACCAUUUCAGGGUUAAUAUAUUUUAUAAGUACCUAUUUAAUCUUACUUUUGUAGUUAAAUGUACUUUUUAAAAGUUCAAUUUGAAAAUGUUACCAUUAAAAAUAAUAAUAAUAAAUUGUAUGUUGCUUCAAUUGUACUGGAUACAUCUUCCCUUUUCCUAAAGAGAAAUUCGAUGAGGAGUUUCAACUCAGAAUAAGCAGUUUCUACUACCUAUUUGCGUUUCAUUUAUAUUUUAUAGUUUUCCCUAUUUUAAGAAGAAAAAAAAUUUUUUUUUCCUCAAAAUAUCUUUGAAAGAAACUCUCCUUGCUGGGACACUCGGUAACAGCUGGCCCAGACUGUGUACAGAAAUCGGUUCUACAAAGCCCAUGACUCAUACUGUUAGUUUGCUACAAAAAAUUUCAGUAUAAUUACCCUAAUUUAUAAAUGGGUUCAAUCAUGAUUUAGGAACUAAAAGCAGCAACACUGAUGAUCUGUGAUUUCAGUUCACCAGACAGAAGUGAAGCAAAAUUUUUCACAUUCUUUGUACUGUAGUAAAUAGCGUGACAAUAUACGAACUUUCCCUUGUCCCUGUGAUUUCUUAAUGUUUUUAGACUUGGCUGUUCACCUUGAGUGCUGGUUUUCUUCAGGUUCCAAUACGCCAAUGAGUGUUUGGCUUGUUUAACUUAAACUCUAAAUAGUCGAUUAAAUUCAUUGCUAGGGAGCAUAGAUGGUACAUGUAAUUUUAGCAGUUUCCAAACUCUGGUCAUUGGAUUUCCAGGAGGAUCACCAAGAGGUUUUCUGUCAACCACAGCAUCUCUGCUUUGUCUUUUAUAUACCAUGUAAGGUUUCACAUAAGGCUUAAUUAUUUCAAAGGGGACAGUUAUCAUUUAAAGGCAGUUUGAAAACCAUUGAUGAAGGUAGGUUUUUUUUUUGGGUGCUGGGGAUCAAACUCAGGGCCUUGUGCUUACAAGGCAAACACUCUACCAACUGAGCUAUCUCCCCAGCCCCGAAGGUAGAUAUUUUGAAUUGACUUGCGUGGCCUUCCUGAAUGUGUCAGCUUGUGUCAAAAGCGUGAGCAGGAUGUAGGUGGCACUACAUAUUAAAUAAGGUUGAUAGAACAUGUGCCGUGUCCUGAUUCAGUCCCACUGUGUCCUGUGAGCCCGAGAUGGAGAGGAGGUAAGAGGGACUUCGCUCUAUGUCUGCCUGCAUUAAGCCCAUGUUUAGGCAUCGUGACCCUAAUGCUUUAGGUGGUUUUUGGUUUAAAACCCUUCUCUAUAAUUUGCAUUAUUUUAUAUUUGCUAAAAUACAAUACAUUACUCUGCUUAGGCUGGCAUUAUUCAAGUUCCAGUUAGUCAGUUUCCU